AGGAGACCGUUGGUGACAUGGAAGAAGGGAUGAGGCCUUCGGACGCAGAGAGAAACUCAAAAGCCAGCACCUCCCACGCCGAAACCCUAAUGUCGCGAAGCAACUCGUCUCGGUGGCAGGGAUUAUUCCGUUUGUGGAAGCAAAAAUCUAUGAGACGCCUCUCCAGCUUCCCUCCCGUCGGAUUCCGGAAGUGGUCGAAGAAGCGAGGCAACAGAGACGCUCAUCCCUCUCCAGCUUCCCGCCCGGACGCUCAUCCCGCAGCCGACUUCUGCUUCUUCCGACCUACUUGGAAGAACUUCACCAUCUCCGAGCUCGAAAAGGCCACCGACAAUUUCAGCCCAGAGAACAAGAUAGGUAAGGGCGGAUAUGCUGACAUUUACAGAGGACGGCUGGAGAAUGGCCGGCUUGUAGCAGUCAAAAGGAUCAGCCGCGGCACAAAAGACGAAAGAACUCACAACUUCCUGUGCGAAAUGGGAAUUCUCGUCCACCUUCAUCAUCCCAACAUCGCCAAACUGAUCGGAGUCGGGGUCGAAGGAGGCAUGCACCUUGUUUUUGAGCUCUCCCAUCAUGGAAGCCUGGAAAACCUUCUCCAUGAUUCCAAGGACAAACUGGCCUGGGAGGUGCGAUACAAGAUCGCCAUUGGAGCAGCAAAGGGCCUCGAGUACCUUCACGAGAGGUGUCAAAGGCGCAUCAUUCAUCGCGACAUCAAGGUCGAUAACAUACUGCUUACUGAAGACUUCGAACCGCAGAUAUGUGAUUUUGGACUGGCGAAGUGGCUGCCGGACGAAGUGACGCAUCACACGCUGUCCAGCUUCGAAGGCACAUUUGGAUAUGUCGCUCCUGAGUACUGCACGCAUGGCGUGGUCGACGAGAAGACUGACGUGUUCGCCUUCGGCAUUCUGCUGCUCGAGCUCAUCACCGGCCGUCGGGCUGUUGACUCUUCACAGAAAAGCUUACUGAUGUGGGCGAAGCCCGUGCUCGAGGAGAAUAAGGUCAAGGAUCUCGUCGAUCCUUUACUCGGUGAUUCCUACGACUGCAAGCAGCUGCUUUUUGCAGCAAGAACAGCUUUCAUGUGCAUCCAGUACUCAUCAGUGCUGCGGCCUCGUAUGAGCCAGGUUUUGAGGAUUUUAAGAGGUGAAGAAGGCCGAUCUGACAACGUACGUGUGCUUCAAAAGCCAUUCAUCCGGAGGACCUUCUCUGAGGGGAUCCUCGACGCAGAAGAAUAUAACUCCACCAGAUAUCUCAAGGACAUAACUCGGCAUAAGCAGAUUGCUUUUGACUGCUAAAUCAUUGGAUUCUACCUGUUGACUUUACCCUCAAGAAAUCACCGACCAUCUAUCUAUCUUUGUACAUACAAGGAUAUAUGGAGAAGAAACCAGUGCCAUCGUCAAGAUAUCAACAGAAGAUUUGAUUCACCAUGACCAAUUACUGGUUCUCGAGGAUGUGAUUGAUGACGGCUUCUGGCUUUAGGUGAUGACAUGCUCUCCUCAGCUUCAUUCGAGAGGAAGACAACUGU